AUGGCUGCCGACGCCAACGGGCUCGGGAAGCUGUCCCUGGGCCCGUCGGCCCCUGGGUCGCCGAUAGACACCCGACCGCGCCGCGACUCCACGAUAUCGUUUUCCGUGUCGUCGCCCGCCGACAGGGAGCAGAUCGCCCUGGCGCUGGACAAAAUCCACACCUCGGCCAGCCAGUCGGAUGCGCUGACCACAUUUAACGACUUUGCCGAUCCGCCAGCCUCGCUGCCGUCCUCGGAGAGUAAAGUGACGGCGGGCGAGCUCGUACAACAAGGCUUUAGUGGCUUGUAUACACGGUUCAAGGAGGCUGUCACCGCAGUCGGCAAAAGCCCCGCGCACGAGGCCGACGAUGCCAACAGCCAGGAUGGCGCCUCCUCCAGGAAGAGCGCCAACGCGGCGACAGGCGGCUCCAAGACAUCGCCUCUCCCAAGGGGAGAAAGUGAUGCCACGACCUCAACUCUUGAAACCUCUAUAUCCUCGGGCCACACGGCGUCUGGCCUGUCUUCGGUCGGCGCUGUGGCUGGCGACUCGCAAUCAAUUGCUCCGUCAACCUCCAAAGCUUCCUCGGCAGCGACACCGGGGUCGGCCUCGAAGACACCCUCGACCCAGAGCAUCCAGAGCAUGCCGAAGAUUGCAAAGUCAGCUCCACCAACCGCGGCCAACGCCGCCGUCGCACCGGUCACCGUGCAGGGCUUGAUGGAUAAGGAUGCCGCUCGAUCCGGAACAACGCGCGGGGAAGAUAUGCCUGCGCGGUCUGCAGGCCGUAGGAGUAUAAGCAGGCCAACAGACACAGCACCGAGCCCUAAUCUGUCCGGGAAUGUCAGCCUAGAGAGUGUCCCCACCAGUGAUCGAAUAGUGCUGCCGAACCGGGCGAGGAGGGAAGACUCUAUUACUAGCAUGGACGGGGCCACCGAUACACCACGCAGUCCGGUCCCGGCUUCGGGCGAAGCGCGCGCGCCCCCCUCUUCCUCUCGGCUCGCCGCCGCUGAUCUCACGAGAAAGCCAGCAGUGAUUGACCGCAUUGUGUCGUCCCGGGGCCGUAGCCAUUCGAGAUCGUCAUCGAUGGAUCCUGGUGCUGCCGAAGCCAGUCCGAUCAGUACCUCGGCCCACAGCUCAGUGUAUCAUGACUCGUUUUCCCACAAUGAACGGCCCCAGAUGCUACGGUCCGGUCUUAUGAAGAUCCCGGGGACGACGACCAACGAGGGAGCCCCGGAAAUCGUCAAUGCGAGGCUGGAGCGCAUGCGGAAACAAGUACUAAGCAAGGAGUUUUGGAUGGCCGACGAGACCUGCAAGGAGUGUUUCCUUUGCGGCACGCCCUUUACUGCCUUCAGGCGCAAACACCACUGCCGGACGUGCGGCUGCAUCUUCGAUUCGAAAUGCACGUCGAACAUCUCGGGCCAGAAGUUCGGCGUGCCGGGGACCUUGCGCGUGUGCAAGACCUGUCUAAAUGUCAUCAACCGCCGCUAUGAUAGUGGCUCCGACGAUUCGGCCGACGAAUCCUAUCUCCCGGCAAUCUUCCGCGCCGGCCACGCGAACAAGCUCGUCCCCCCCGGCGCGAAGCCGCGGACGGACGACGAGGCGAGCAUGUCGGAGCGCACCGAGCAGGCAGAAGACACCAGGACCGCGACGACGCCGAUGAUGGCCAUCCCGGCCACGCGACGGGUUGGAGACAGCAACCGCCACUCGGCCAUCCUGGAGAUUGAUAUGCCGCAGCUCAGCAGGCCGAGCUCGUCGCGGUCGCUGAAGUCUCUCGCCACCGGCCGGCCGCAAUCAGGCCAUCGCCGACACCAUUCCAAGCACAACUUCCUGACGAGGUUCAAGCCGCCCGCAGACGAGGGCGCACCGUUCCGCGCGCCGGCCAGCGAUGCGUUGGGCUUGGGGAAGAGGUCUAACGUCAACGCCUUCCACACCGACAACAUCAUCGACCCGGAGCUGGCGCCCUACAUGUCGGAUGAAUCCAGCGAGGAUGAGCAGAUGAGCAGCAUCUUCACCACCAUGGACAGCGGUGAUUUCCAGCCGGCGAGCCUCGAUCCCGGCCGGUCAAGUUUCGGAACAUACCUCGGCGCAGGGAGGAAACACCGGUUCCGCCACGGUGGGGAGAAGAGCAUCAGCGGGCUUAGCCAUGCGAGCCGCGGCCUCGAGGAGGGGAGCGGCCUUCAGAAUCUGUCGAUACACAUACGACCGCCGCGGAGAAGGAACCUCAGCAUCGCGAGCGCCAGCAUCCAUCAUCUGCGUUCUCCGGCACGGCCGAAAUCGGCUGUUCACAAAGGUCCGGCAGCCUCGGCCGACACGCUCUCGAUCUUUGAGAAUGUCGUCGAAGCGCCCGGUAUGAAGCGGAGCGACUCCAUACGCGACGGCAAGUCAGGGGAGGAAGGCCUGAAUCCCGCCAGCGCGCAGCACGUCAAGAAGCUCUUCCGACAGCUCCUGCAAGACGCCGAUAUUCCCAACCCGGCGAGCUGGGAGCGGUCCCUGAUCCCCAUCCUCGAUCGCUGCGCCGACGAUGUUGACCCGGACAUACGCAACGGGGACGACAUGGACAUACGGCACUGGGUGAAGCUGAAGAAAAUACCGGGCGGCAGGCCGGGCGACACCGCCUACGUCCACGGCGUGGUCUUCACCAAGAACCUCGCGCUCAAGAGCAUGCCCCGCAAGAUCCGCAACCCGAGGAUCGUCGUGAUCACUUUCCCGCUUGAAUACCAGCGCCAUCCGGAGCAGCAUUUUAUGAGCUUGCAGCCGGUUAUCGAGCAGGAGAGGGAGUACCUGAGGAUGGUCGUCAACCGCAUCCUCAACCUGGAGCCGCACGUGCUGCUCGUCGAGAAGAGCGUGGCAGGGUUGGCGCUGCAGUAUCUGUCGGAGGCCAACGUGGCGGUGGUGUACAACGUCAAGCCGUCCGUCAUCGAAGCCGUGGCGCGCAUCGUGAAUAUGCCGGUGAUCUCGUCCAUGGACAUGCUCAGUCUCGGGGCGCGGGUGGGCAUGUGCGAGAGCUUCGAGGUCAAGACGUUCGUGAACAACGAGAUCCGGGGCAAGAAGAAAACCUACAUCUUCAUGUCCGGCUGCCCGAAAGACCGCGGCUGCACCAUUGCGCUCCGUGGUGCCUCGACCGAGAUCCUCACCCGCAUGAAGCGCAUCACCGAGUUCAUGGUUUACGUCAUCUACAACCUGAAGCUGGAGUCUUGUCUCAUGCGCGACGAAUUCGUCCAGAUACCGUCGGAGGCGUCGCUAUCCUUACCACCGGGUCCGGCGUCGGCGCAGCAGAUUCAGGAGGCGCUGCCGGCGCCGUUGGGCGGUGCGGCCGACCCCUCGAGCAGCCCACCCGCAAUCCUGAUCACGAGUCAGAGCACUGAGGGCGAAAAGGCCUUGCAGGACACCAGCAGGACGACGGCCGCCGGGGAUUCAGAGGCGGCCCCUGUGGAGCCGGCUGCUGCUCAACCCGCUCCGGCCGAGACAAGCCCGAAGUCGAUUUCCAUGCAUGAGCUACACUCCCAUGCCCAGGUGCCCGAGGACGCGCCCAUGCCGUCCUUCUAUAGCGAUAUGGUGGCGAAGUACGAAACCAGGAUCCUGUCCACGUCGCCGUUUGUCAAGUUCAAGCAACCGUAUCUGCUGGUGAAGGCGCGGGAGCAGGAGCGGCGCGCGGCGUACUUGAGAUCGCUCCUUAAGCAGGAACAGGUGGAGGAGUCGGAUGAGGACGAGAAGCCGAGGCCGGAGCCGUUCCAGCUCGUCAAACCGGAGAUGGUGCAAGGGAUUGAGACGAAGGGGCCCCGCAAGGUCCUUGAGGUCCUGCACGCCGUGCACGAGGCGGAGUAUGACAAGGCUAUGCACAGUUACCGAACGCAGGCGAAGCAGUGGGAGGCGUACACGCACGGCUGUCUCGACCUCUUCGACCCUUACUCGCACCAGAACAUCGUCGUCCUGUACUCGGUCACUUGCACGGCGACAAAGAUACCGUGCUCGGAGCCCAGUCUGGUCGCCAUCGAGUUCUACAACGAGCAUCCGGACCAGCGCGGGAACAUGGACCAGGACUGCACGCUGGGCCAGUACAUCGAAGACAUCUGCGAGGGCGCAGAGUUCGUGUGCCACUCCAACGGCUGCGAGCGCAAGAUGCACGAGCACCAUCGCACCUAUGUCCACGACAACGCGCGCCUGACCAUCAUCCUGGAGACCUCGCCGGCCUGGCCCGAGAACUUCCCGAGCAAGCCCCACGAGGCCGCUGCCGGCGACAGCGACGGCACCGGUAUCUGCAUGUGGAACUACUGCAAACACUGCAACAAGCACUUCGGGCUGAUGCCCAUGUCGGUGAGCACGUGGAAGUACUCGUUCGGGAAGUACCUCGAGCUGUCGUUCUGGAGCCGGGGACUGCAGCUGAAUCCGCAGACCGAGUGUCCGCAUGACCACCAGAAGGACCACAUCCGCUUCUUCUACUAUCUGUACCGCGACAUUGCCGUCCGAGUGCACUACGACCCCAUCGAUCUCUACGAGAUCAUCGUGCCGAGGACGAAGAUCACGUGGAAGGUGGACUACGACCUGAAGCUCAAGAACGACAUCUUCGUCAAGGCCGAGGAGCGCUGGAACCGCUUCAUGAACUCGGUCCGGGCGCGGCUGAAGAGCAUCCGGAUCGACAGCGUGCUUCCCGAGAAAGCCGAGGCCUGCAAGGCGGAAGUGGAGCGGCUCGGCAGGAAGGCGCAGGAGGACCAACCGGAGCUGGUCCGCGCGCUUCAGGAGGCCUACAUGAACUCCAAGUACUACGAGGUGAUCCCGCUCAACGCCGUCAUCCGGGAAAUGCUCGAGAAGGUGACGGACUGGGACGCGGCGUUUGCGGCGUUCGAGGCCGAGUUCCUGUCGGACAAGGACGUCCGUCAGUUGACCAUCAUCCAGCUGAAGAAGAUGUUCACCGACCACGAGUCCAAAGAGUCGUUGCCGAGCACGGAGGGGUCUGUUUCGGCCGGGUCCGAGUCCGAAGGAAAGACCAGCACCGCCACGUCGCCGCCGGGCGUGUCUGAGGAUGAGAAGCCGUCCCAGACGUCAGAGGAGGGCGAUGUUACUGGUCAACCGCAGGAGACGGCCCCGUCUCCCACAGCGCAGCCCGCUCCCGGGGCCAAAGAAGGCGGUGCGGUCGAGGCGGAGGAGCUGCUGGAGCGAGUUGAACCCUUGGACCUGGCAACGCCGAUCACACCAACAGUAUCGAAGACGGUCUUCGCCCCUUCUUCGGACGCAGCAGCAGGACCGGAUGUUGUUGUUGUUGCCACCAAACCGGCCACCGACCAGCCAACCACGCCGGUACCGGCGCCGGCGCCUGCCCUGGCCUCCACGGCUCCCCUAGCAGCCCAGGCUAGCGCGAUACAGUCUGCACCUCCGGGCCAACAGCCACUGUCACUAAGUGAGAGGGUCGAGCAGCUGCGUAGGGAGCAGCGGGCACUGUCAAACGGCGGUACCACCACCACCGGCUCUGCGCCUGGGGCUGAGAAUGUGAGCGGAAUCCCACAGCCCACGCCGGAACGCAAUCUACCCCGGCGGGCGGGCACGGCGGUGUCGCCUCCCAUGGUCCGUGCCAUAUCCCAGCCGUCGGGAACCUUGCCGAGGACGCAGUCGGCCAUCGGCAAGCUUCUUCUGAAGGAGCAGAGGCUGCAGGACACGGGCGCCGAUACGCAGAAGGCAGCGCCAGGAGACGGCCCUCCUCCGAAGGGGGACAAGAAGUUCGCCGACCGCAUUGGUCUCGGAGCCCUGAAGAGCCACCGUAAGGCAGGGCCUUCCGGGAUUCCGCGAUACGUGCACAAGAGGGAGUCCAAGGUGUCGACGCUCGCGCGGCACUUCGAGCAGCUGAGCCGCGAGUUCGAGAAGGAGCGGAUGAAGGACCGCAAGCAGCGCGCCGCCAAGAUGCACUACACGCGGGCCUUCCUGCCGCGCUCUUCCACCAAGACGAUAGUAGAAGUCUACAAGGACGUGGACCAGGCCGUGCAGGAGCCGCCGGGGCCGUCGGACGACGACCAGCUGCUGCUCAACAGAGAGCGGAGCGACAACAAACCGACCGAGGACGCCUCGACGGCUGCUGCACCGAGCGUCACGGCUGUCGCGUCGCAGGAGGCCAAGGCCAAGACCAAGACCAAGGCCAAGGUUUCGACGGCAGAGCCCGGCUCGCCGCAGGAAGCUCCCCCGCAGACACCGGCGCCGGAGAAGGAGGCCGCUGCGCAGGCGGGAGAAGAGAGGGAGGACAACCGGCAGGAGGAGAGUCGGGCCGGGACCGACGACGACGAAGGCGCAGAGAGCGAAGGGGACAAUUCCAGCCUCACGCUGGACGACAUCCUGCCGGACGUGAAGGAGAUCGCCGAGUCGCUGGAGCCGAGCGGGGAGAUACCGGAAGAGCUGCCGAGGCACCAGAAGAAGAGCCUCAUGACCAUGCUCACCAACUUCUGGGCCGAGCGCUCGGCCAGCGGCUGGCCCCAGCUGGAGUACCCGAUCAACGCCACGGACCACAUCUUCUUCGACUCGGACGUGAUCGUCAAGGAGGACGAGCCGAGCUCGCUGGUGGCGUUCGCGCUGAGCUCCGAGGAUUACCGGUCGAAGCUGGCCGAGAUCCGGCAGAAGUGGGAGACGCCGAGCGACGACGACGACGAGCCGGACGAGCCAGACGGCCACAGCAGCGACGACGACGGGCUGGAGAUGAAAGGGCCGCAACAGACUUGGAAGGCGACGGAAGGAGGAGGAGGAGGAGGAGGAGGAGGAGCAGCAGCAGCACCACCACCACCACCACAAGCACCAUCCAAGACGGCCAAGGCCAGCACCAAGUACAACACGGAGCUCGAAAAGAGCCUGAAGCGGCCGACGGGGAUGCACGUCAAGUACCAGUUUGCCGAGGGCUCGGCGCGCAUGACGUGCCAGAUCUUCUACGCCGAGCAGUUCGACGCGCUGCGGCGCAUGUGCGGCGUGGCGGACCGCUUCGUCGAGUCGCUGUCGCGGUGCCUGAAGUGGGAUUCCAAGGGCGGCAAGACCAAGUCGGUCUUCCUCAAGACGCUGGACGAGCGCUUCAUCCUCAAGUCGCUGUCGCCGAGCGAGACGUCGUCGUUCCUGCGCUUCGCGCCCGACUACUUCGGCCUCAUGGCCGAGGCGCUGUUCCGCGACCUGCCGUCGGUCAUCGCCAAGAUGUUCGGCUUCUUCCGCGUCUACAUCAAGAACCCGCUGACCAACACCGAGAUCAAGCUGGACCUGCUGGUCAUGGAGAACCUGUUCUACGACCGGUGCCCGAGCCGCACCUUCGACCUCAAGGGCUCGAUGCGCAACCGGCGCAUCCAGUCGACGGGCGAGCAGAACGAGGUGCUGCUGGACGAGAACAUGGUCGAGUACAUCUACGAGUCGCCGCUGUUCGCGCGCGAGCACUCGAAGCGUCUGCUGCGCGCGUCCGUCUACAACGACACGCUGUUCCUGGCCAAGCGCGACGUCAUGGACUACUCGCUCAUGGUGGCCGUCGACGAGGUCCGCCGGGAGAUCGCCGUCGGCAUCAUCGACUGCAUCCGCACCUACACGUGGGACAAGCAGCUCGAGAGCUGGGUCAAGAGCCGCGGGUUUGCCGGCGGCGGCCGGAACCGCCCGACCGUGACGAGCCCCAAGGAGUACAAGAGCCGCUUCCGGGAGGCGAUGGCGAGAUACAUUCUCCAAUCUCCCAAUUGCUGGCACACCUUUGGGAGCCGCAAGAUCCCCGACACGCCUGCCACGCCCAGGCCGAGGUUUGAGGAAGAUCUUUGAUACUAGUACCAAGGCAGUUUUGUUUCUUUUUGCGGGAGUGUGAGCAAUCCAAUGCAUAGCAUAGCGAUCUUGGUUGGGGGGGGGCGGGUGUUAAUUUAGGUACCUUACUGGCGCUCAAUGGUUGGAGGGGGAGAUGUGCAUUAUGUGAUAUGCGAGGUGUUUUUCUUUUGGAGCAAUGCUGGGUUUGGUUAGGAUAACGAGUAAUGAUGGAGUAAUAGUGGUAGCGCAUUGGCACACGGUAUAUAGCAUGCAUGUUGGUAUUUGGCAGUCUUGAAUCGACGUGUCCUUCAGAG